CGGUGGGAGACCGAGAAAUGUUUGGGCGGAUGCAGGGGAGAACACAAGAAUACGGAUCUUUCCCCGGUGGGUGGAUACUCCAGACCUCCGGCGCCGGCGGGAAUCACGAUGGGGAAGAGGGGGGAGGGACUUAAGGGAUGGAGCAUGUAACGAUGUUACAAUGCGGGGAGUCGGCCGUUAUAACCUAGAUUGGACGGAAAGAGUUUAGGUCUUACGGUGAUGAACUUACUUUCCUACUUACCUAUCUGCAUACGAAGAAGCUAUAUUAUAAAUAAGGGAUCACAUUUGUUGUAGAGGUAACCAUGGCAUCAACAUCGCCCUCUUCACCCUAUCCAUACUUCGCACCACGAUACGUGAUGGCAUCGGUUGCGGUCUCAUUGGGAGGUCUACUUAAUGGAUACGACACGGGGUCAAUUGGUGCCAUCACGCAUAUGCCCCAAUUUGCCGAAUCCAUAGGACAACUUUCAUCUACAAUGCUAGGGAUCACGGUCUCGAUGAUCAUGCUGACGGGUACACUUCCGUCCGUCUUCGCCGGGCAUUUCUCAGACAAAUUUGGGCGGAUAUCCGUGAUUAUUCCCGGCGCGCUUCUGUUCGGUAUAGGCGCGCUGGUACAAGGACUCUCCCACGGCUUACCGCAAUUCAUUGCCGGCAGAGCAAUUGCUGGCUUCGGACAAGGCGUGUUUCUCAGCAACAUCAGCGUAUACAUUUGCGAGAUCGCGCCGCUUAGAUACCGUGGAGCGUUGGCGGGGUUGCCUCAGUUUAUGGCCACAGCUGGAGUUUGCUUUGGAUAUUUCACGUGCUAUGGUACUCUUAAUAUCAAGUCGGAUAUGGCAUGGCGUUUACCGUACAUUGUCCAGUGUUUCUUCUCCGCCGUUCUCUCCUGGGCUUGUCUUCUACUCCCGGAUUCCCCAAGAUGGCUCAUGCUAAAGGGGAGGCAAGCCGACGCACUCCGAGCAUUGGAACGACUUGAUUUCAACAUGGUCGAAGCCGAGCGAGAUUUCCUAACAACCACCGAACAAACGCCCAGUCUGUCCCCUUGGCAAAGUUUCUCUCUUCUAUUCAGAAGGGGUUAUCGUGCCCGUACGAUACUCGCCUUGUUCAUCCUCGGUAUGGUCCAGCUGUCGGGUAUAGAUGCUAUCACUUACUAUGCACCUAUUCUCUUCGAGCAAGCUGGGCUGUCAUCAGAUAAUGCCUCUUUCUUGGCUUCAGGCCUUUCGUCUAUCUUGAUGCUCGCCAUCUCUAUCCCAGCUUUCUUGCUCGCUGACAAGUGGGGGAGACGCACUUCCGCCAUCGCUGGCGGCCUCACACUAGCUAGUUGCAUGUUUCUUAUGGGCGGUCUCUACGCGGCAGGCGUAGUUCACCCAUACGGCAUCGCUAGAUGGCUCGUUAUCAUAGCCGUCUUCGUGUUCGGCUUGACGUAUUGCGCGACCUGGGGAAUCGUUGGGAAGAUCUACGCCAGCGAGAUCCAGCCAGGACACACGCGUGCGGCAGCAAACAACGUCGCCAUGGGCUUGUGCUUUGGCACAAACUUCCUAGUGGCUAUCCUGACCCCGAUUCUUCUGGAAGCGUCUGCUUUCGGCGCCUACUUUCUAUUCGGCGGCCUAGCCCUCGGCACCGUUGUUGUGCUCGCCGCCUACAUGCCCGAAACCCGCGGCCGCUCCCUAGAAAAUAUACAAGAAGUAUUUCACAGGCCCGCGGCGUCUAGCAACCUUGCGCAGUUUUUGCGAACCCUCGGUCUCGGUACGAGGCGUAGGGCUCAUCAAGCUUCCCGAGAGGUGGCGGCAGGCGAAGAAGUCGAGAUGGAGCCGCAUGAUGACACUGGGGCCGUUGCUGCUAGCGCUGUCUCGGUAGAAACAGUGUCUAGGUCUAUGAGGCUUGAGGUUCUGGUGUGAGCUCGUGGGUUUAUAGUAAGGGCGCUUGAACAUGCCAUCGUAUCGUCUAUUGGAGUUUAUAUGUACUCAGCCCUCUCUUCCCAGCAUAGCUACGUCCAGGCUCCAAAUAUCUUAAAUUCUCGACACUGGC